UUUUUUUUGUCCGCCGCGCGAUCACAAUUGGUUCGCGUUCGCUCUCGUCAGUUCCCAUUGUUUUCCAUCGUCGUCGCCGUCUGUCUCGGUCUGUCCAUCUGCGCUGUCCCGGCCCCACAGCAGCAUCCCGACGGUAUACCUUGCGUUACCAAAGAUCACAUCGAAUCAACCAGUGGCCGACGAUUUUGUUCCCGGAGCGGAGAUAUGACGCGCGCGACGACGCGACGCUGCUCCGAAACGGCAUUACCCUGAAGUAAAGCAACGACGUCGUCCACAUCGGCGCCGAGGAGGAGGUCGAGGAGAAUUACAAGGAGGGAUCCGUCGCAUUCGCGGAGUAUCCUCACCUGACGCAUGAAAGGUCGGGGCUGCGGUAAGAUCAAGAACGAGACAAUGCCGCCGUCCUCGCACACCAACUGGACGAGGCCGUUGCUCAAGAGCGGACAGACCAUACAGAUGCAGGUCGCUAAACAACAGCAGCAACAGCCGAUGACGACGAUGAUGGUGACGAUGGCGACAGCAACGACAACGUCGUCGUCGACAGCUGUGGGUACUGGAGCACAAAAUCAAAGCGUGGCCGAGCAUCCUGCGACACCACUCGACAAAAGGAUCAAAGUGGUCUUGGUGGGCGACGGCGCGGUCGGCAAGACCAGCCUGGUAGUUUCGUACUCCACCAACGGCUUCCCCGGGGAAUACGUGCCAACUGCGUUUGACAAUUAUAAUGUGGUUGUAAAUGUUGAUGGCCAACCGCUGAAUGUCCAGCUAUGUGAUACAGCGGGCCAGGACGACUUUGAUCCGUUGAGAUCAUUGUGCUAUCCCGAGACAGAUGUGUUCCUAGUUUGCUUCAGCGUUGUAUGUCCUUCCUCUUAUCACAGCGUGGCUUCUAGAUGGAUCAAUGAAGUGCGAAAAUACUGCCCCAAUGCUCCAAUUAUUUUGGUAGGAACGAAAAGCGAUCUAAGAUCGGAUGUGCGUUUGAUGCUGCAACUGGCGAGAUACGGUCAGGCGCCAAUCACCACUAUCCAGGGUCAUCAGUUGGCGCGGAGACUAGGCGCCGUCAAUUACGUCGAAACAUCCGCGUUAACGCAACACGACCUCAAGGAGGCCUUCGAUCAGGCGAUAGUCAGUGCCCUCAAUACGCGACGCGGAGGCGCCAAUUUACUAUACCGGCGUAGGAAGCCGCCCCCGUUGUGGCGUAGAUGGUUGUGCUGCUGGGAACGCCCGUCUUCGAGCGAGACCUAAAGAAACAAUCCUAUUAUAAGUGAGAUAGACUCUAUACUUUUUUAGAAUCCCUCUGUGAUCAUAGGCGGUCGUUCUCCCCUCUGUCAGAAUCGACAUCUCUCCCUCUCUAUUAGCAUGAUGUACUCGGUAGCUAGGUACGUUAAAGAUUAUCUCGACAUACAAAGAGAGGCAGCUGAUACUUUGUUAUUUAGAUUUUAGACUAGACGAGAUUAUUAAUAGAUAUUUCCGUGCGCGAAAAUAAGCAUUGAGAGCAGCCCUGUUACACGCGACGCUUUAACAUAAUUCGCUCAUCUGCAUGGAUUGCCUAUUACUUAUUUUUUUUUAUAUGCGUUUAAUAUUUUACGAACAUUUACGAAACAUUUUACGAACUAACAAACUGCCAGAAUAAUAUGCCAAAUAGGAUACUAGAAAGCCGUACAGUGCCGAAAAUAAUGAUGCCUAAUUCAUAGUCAAUGAGUAAUUAGUAUAUUUAAGGGUUGCUCCUAUGUGCACGCGACAAUAUAUUGCGCAGAGAUCCAGAUAUUGAGAGACAUUAUUGGGAGCAAAUUGUUAAUCGAAUUACAAUUCUGACAGACGGAGCGAGCGAGUGCUGCCUUCGUAAAAUUCCUGAAGCCACAUAUAAGUGUGGUAUAAUUUAUUGUAUAAUAUUAAUCAUAUUUUUGUUAUACUAGCAUAGUAAUUGGCUACUCGCUGGUUGUGAUUUUCGUACAUGUAAUAUCUUUGUUUUAAUUGUUGCGGUAAAGAUCAGUUCUUUCCCUCUUUUCUCCCUCUCUCUCCCCCCCCUCUCUCUCUCUCUCUCUCUCUCUUUAUCGAGGAUUUUAAGUGGUCCUUUUAACCACAUGUGGUAUAUAACAAUUGUAUAUUCUUUUUACUUGUUGCGACAUUAUAUAUAUAUAUAUAUACAUAUAUAUAUAAAUAUAUAUAUAUAUUUAUUUUUUAAUAUCUUUGAUAUAUUGGUAUUUUAGUAGUGUAAUAGUAGCUUUAAAAUAUCACGUUACACUUUCGCAGAUCGACGAUAACCGCGUGACAUCACACACACAUAUAUACAUAUAAAAUAUAUAUAUAUAUAUAUAGCGUAAGCGAUAUUGAUAACAAUGAUAUUUGGUAAAACGCGUUUUUGAUAUAAGCAUAUGUGAUGUAGUAGUGUUUGUAUGAGCGAUAUGUCAAUGACGGUAGAGGAACAUUAAUACAAUAAUUAGCGCGUAAAUAAAUCCGUGGUAUUUGACGAUCUACUACAUAUUUGUACUUCAAGUUGCUAUGGAAGAUUGCUGUGAUCUUACUUGAAAUUUUCUUCCGGAUAUUUUAUGGAUGUGUAUUGCAUACGGAAUUGUACGCGAAUAAGACUGCAUAAGAUUCAAAACGAAAAAAUGCAUAAUAUCAUAUAUUUAAUUUGCUGUAAUUCAUUUCUAUAUCAUGUGUGGCGCAUCAAAAAUAAAUUGUAUAUAAAUAUUUAUUCAUCA